AUGGCUGAUUUCAGGAACAUGGAUGUCAUCAAUUUCACUGCCUUGCCAAUGGUGCCAGUAGAUGAGCACCUGGCUGUCUCACUCACUGCACGGAAAGCAAUGAAGGAUGAUGCCAUGAGGAAGAAUCUGGAGGACAGUCCACCCUCCUGCUGCAUUGGCUCCAUACAGCAGGUGAACCAAGGGAUUGCUGAGACAGAUCUGAGUCCCAACCCGCUGGUGCACAGCCUGGCAAUUGAGAAGUACGAGAUGGAGAAGAAGGCUUUAAAAGGAGAGAGAAGUCACGGCAGCUUGGGAGACAAAGAAAAGAGCGAAAGAAAAUCUCAGUAUAUUUGCAAAGGCUCAGAAUCCAGGAAUGUCAAAUCUUUCAUUAUCAAAAGGAAAAUAGCAGACAAAAAUAUGCUGGCAGAGCUGUACCAGUAUGCACAGUUUGACGUCUCUAAGCCAAACAACCUUCCAAAUGGGGUGGACUUCUAUGACAUGGUGGGCAAUGUGAUCCAGGCUGAGAGAAACCCCCUUAGUGGCAAGUCUUUCUGUUCAGAUAGAGAAUUAGAGCAGUUUCUCUGUUCUCCUUCUGUAAGAGCCAUGUGGCUGGAUAGCUUCUGGUGGAUCUUUCAUGAAAGGUACCAGCCAAAGAAGGAAGUCCAGAACAAGCUGUUCGACCGGAUAGCCCAGCACUACGCCUUUCUUUUGUCUUGUGAAUCCAGGUCCCACUACGAAGAGGCUCUCUUAAAAAGGUUGCCAUCACUUCUGAGUAAAGCCCUGUACACCAGCUUCUGCUGCUGCUUCCCUCAGUCCUGGUUCAACACUCACGAAUUCAAGUCUGACAUCUGUAACACGAUGAGCCUCUGGAUUUCAGGUAUAUAUCCUUGCCCACACAGCUAUAAUAGCUGGGACUACUCGAAACUGGAUCCGGAGAGAUUCCAGAGAGAAGAAUUAAUGUUGCAGAAAAAAAGUCUGCUGAAGGGUAAGGUGCCAGAGCAUAACUAUCAGACUCUGGUCUUCAGGAAAGCAACACAACAAGUCAAAAGGAUCUCUGCAGCAAGGAAACUUGAGAAUAUGCUUCCUAAGCCGUCUUACCCUGCCUGCAAAAGCCCUGAGAUGACUUCAAACCUCUUCAACAUUUAUGGGAAGAGCCCUCUGAUUGUGUACUUCCUCCUGAACUACGCCUCUCUGCAGCAGCCUGGCAGAGACGUGUUGAUGGUCAGGAGGGAAAAAACCAAGACCAUCCCUGAGUCCACCCUGACAUAUGCUGAGGUCAUCAGGCUGACCCUGAGCAACAUGAAGAAGCGGAGGGACGACCUUCACCAGCUGAACCAGUUUCACUGGAGUGAGUGGAAUCAUUUCAAUGCGUACCUGGAGGAGCUGCACAACAACUUCCUCAGGGAGAUGAAGAAUAUUGAUCAAAGAGCAAAAGACAAAAAACAGGCGAACCACAUGUUCAUCCAGCCUUCAACCUUCAUUGAGGACUCCCCUGAAAAGAAAUCUAGAAGAAGCCAUCAGAGGGAGAUUGUUUCUUUUGAGGUUUGUUUGAACGAAGACCAUGGGAAAAGUAGAAAUGUGAACACUUUAGGAAUUCUUAAUACGAAGGAAAAAGAGGAGAGGGAAAGCGAAUGGAAACAGAAGUUGAACUACUCUUCCUUCUCACCAUCAAGCCCUGAUGAAUUCCAUUCCCUGGAACUAGGAAGUCCCUACAAAAUCUCUGAUAUUUCUGCUACCAGGUAG